AUGACCAUCGACCAAGCUUCACAAGAAACUAGUCAUGGGGUCAUGCUGAUCGAGGUUUAUUGGCGGGUACCCUUCAUUGACUUCAUCAAAGAUCAGAAACUACCCCCUAGCAUCGAUCAAAAGAGCGUCGAGGCUGCACGCAUCAUCAGGCAGAGCAAAGGGUACGUUGUGGUUGGUGAUAAACUAUACAAGCGUGGAUCAACAAUUGGAGUACUCAUGAAGUGCAUCCCCACCGAUGAGGUCAAAGAGAUACUCCAGGAGAUUCAUGAUGGAACCUGCGGCAACCACACAGAAUCAAGGACACUUGUCAGCAAAGCAUUCAGAUAUGGGUUCUACUGGCUGACGGCUUUGGCAGAUGGCGAAGAGCUCGUUCGCCAGUGUACCAACUGUCAGUUGUUUGGCAAGCAAGCUCAUGUCCCGGUGCACAACCUCAUCACCAUACCACCUUCCUAG